GAGCACGUUGUGCACGCGCAGGUUUGUGUUGUAAAACAGGAAGCUGUGAGAGGCGUUAGCAGCAGUUAGCCUGUUGGCUACCAGCACUUCGCACAGAAACGAAACCAGAGCAUAGCGUUUAUCUGAAGAAGGGGAUAAAGAGUAUCGUCUGCCCGGUUGAUUGGUUUAAUCGGUGGGACCGACAUGUCAGAGACGUACGAUUUCCUGUUUAAGUUCCUGGUGAUUGGCAGCGCUGGGACUGGGAAAUCAUGCCUCCUUCACCAGUUCAUAGAAAACAAGUUCAAACAGGACUCCAACCACACCAUCGGCGUUGAGUUUGGCUCCAGGGUCGUUAACGUUGGCGGCAAAACGGUCAAAUUGCAGAUCUGGGACACAGCUGGACAGGAGCGCUUUAGGUCGGUGACCCGCAGCUAUUACCGUGGAGCAGCAGGGGCUCUUCUCGUGUAUGACAUCACAAGUCGGGAGACCUACAAUGCUCUGACUAACUGGCUGACGGACGCACGGACACUGGCCAGCCCUAACAUCGUCAUCAUCCUCUGCGGGAAUAAGAAGGAUCUGGAUGCGGACCGUGAGGUCACCUUCCUAGAAGCGUCUCGUUUUGCCCAAGAGAACGAGCUGAUGUUUUUGGAGACGAGUGCUUUAACCGGGGAGAACGUAGAGGAAGGAUUUCUCAAAUGUGCUCGCACCAUCCUCAAUAAGAUUGAGUCAGGUGAGUUGGAUCCGGAGCGGAUGGGUUCUGGGAUCCAGUACGGAGACGCGUCCCUGCGGCAGCUCAGACAGCCCCGGGGCUCUGCUGCACAGGCCAAGCAGCAGUGUAACUGUUAGGGGCUCGGACACCCUGACCGCUAACAGACAUCAGACCAUACACACACAACCUCCCCCUCAGCUCCGGGUGUCUCUGGGUAUUGACACACCCCUUACCCCUCUCCCAAAUGUGACCCUUCCACACCCAGACACAUCUGGAUCAUUUUUUUAUGAUGAAGUCCAUCUGCAAACUUUGACCUCUGACCUCAGAAAGCUGUUCACCUAGGAUUCACAGAUCUCCCUGACUGCUUCGCCCCGAGCGAGGGGCACGGGCGGUAGAGGUGAAUCAAGACCCGACUGAGGGACUGUGUGUGUGUGUGUGUAUACCUUCUCCUGUGAUCCUUACACACACACACACACAGUUCCCUCUUAUAAAGUAACCAGCCGUCACAGCGACAGCAGUAGAUCAAACAUGCCUAGGUCUUGAAUCAUUUUAUACAUUGUGACAUAUCAGUUCUUUUUACCUGCGUAAAUAUGGCCAGAAAUGAAAUAUUAAUCUUCUGGGAGAACGUACAGCUCUUAAAACCCCAUGUACACUGAUAUUUACACGGUUGCAUUGGUUGGGUAUUUAAAGUGCUUCUAAAAAAACAAAAAGGAGGGGAGGAGGAGAAGAAACAUCCAUUCGGUCGGCACUAUCUGGUGCAGAUCAGAUGUAUACCGCCAUCCCUGUCUGGCUUGGGUUAGAGGUUAUCUUCGAACUUAACCUCAGCCGUCUUUCUGCACAGACCUCCUACCUUCAGAUUUGGUGAAAUUAAGGACAACAAACCUUGUUCAUUUAGUUAUUUACAGUUUGCAUUUGUUUGGCAGAAAUAUCAAAUAAUGAAAUUUUGAUUGGUGGUUUAAAAAGAAAGGAACAAAGAAAAAAACAUUAAAUUCUCCUAAAACUCAAGAACAUGUUCAAAUCAUGUAUAUAUAUCAAUAAUGAAACUAGAGAUCAAAUGUUUCCUAAAGAAAAUAAAGGUUACUUUAGGACAGUUAAGAUUUUAUGCACAUCCUCCUAAAUUUAAAACAAAAAAAUGAUGCUGAUUUUAACAUUGUAUUAUUAGAUUAUAGUAAUGCAAAUAGGAUUUUUUAAUGCUUAAUUUCAAAUUUAAAGUCACAAUGCAUAAAAAAUACAACCCUGUUAUUACGGAGUUAAAGUCACGUAAAAGUGUACUGUACACUGUUAGAAUGGAAGAAUAUUUUCGUGCAGCCACCAGCUCAGACCCUUCAGACUGCACCAGGAACGAUCUUCCACUGAAGCUGCGGUGUUUAGUCCUGCAUGUUUUGUUUGCUCUGGUUCCCCAUAACGGGGAGAUCUCCAGGUUCCCUCAGUGACAUCACCAUUAUGCACCACAGACAGACCUGUUUUGAUCUGUGUUUUAAAUACUGUCUACGUGAUGUGUGGGUUUCCUUCCCUUUCUCUUUUUUUUUUUCUCUCUGCAAGUGCACUUUUUUUGACUGUUUAUAUACUGUACCUAUAGAAUUGUAAAAUUUAUAGUAAUUUAAUGAUAUUAAAUGAGAGAAUAUUGUUUGAGGAGUGAUCAUUCCUAACUAAAGAGCAAUUAAGACUAGUCCAACACCAUUUCAGUAGUAAGAAGUCGUCUUGCCACCUCAGCUGUGGACAAGAACAUGCUGUUAGUUGUAAGUAUGGGGUGUGUGAUCAGCUCGCCACAUCUUCUAGUUCAAUCACAGCCUUAACUGACUAACCACAUGAUUGUUCUACAUCACGCUCUCAUAAUCAUCCAAGCUCUUAAAAUACACUUAAACUGUUAUGGUCUUAUUUUUAUUUUAUUUUACGAAAUGUUAUGCUUGAGUGAGUUAAACCAUUUUUGUCCAUCAAAAGUUUGACUCAAAGGAACAUUCCAGCGUAAACAGGUGUUAAGUUAAGCUGCGGUCACACUAGACUUUGAGCGUGAAAAAUUGGAACGGAUACUGCAAUGUUGAUAUGAGGUUACACUCUAUCUAUUCCAAUUUACUGCAAUGCCAUCUUCUGGUCAAAUGCAAUAAUUAAUUUGGUGCAUAAUAGGUAUUCUCACUUAUCAUUGCGGUGCAUUAUGUAAUUGAAUGAGUGCACUCGAUUACGCUUAAUUUGUUGUAACAUUUAAUGUAGUUUGUCAAACUUUCGCAGGUGAGAUCCUGUCAAUUUAAAAAGAAUUUACACAAUUGUGCAUUUCACACAAGGGAGAAAGAUUUACCCCACGCACAUUUGGCAACAGGUUCGGAUUGGCUAUGCAGAGUUACCACACUCACAAACCAAAAGCUCCAUUAUUGACCAGAAUUUCGCUAAUGUGACUGCAUCUGUAUUGUGUUGUAUUGUGUGUUCACGUGAGUUCGGCAUGCUGACCAACAGAUAACUGCUCUGUGAACUGUGCUUUAUACAAAAGGACCGUUUACGCAAAAUUGCGGUCCAAAAAUUUGGUCAAUAUUCCAUUUAAGCGUUGUUGUUUUUCUACAUGAUUAAUCGACAGCAUGUCACAGAUGCUGCCCAAUGUAUUUACCUGGAAUAUUCCUUAUGGUGGCGAUAUUAGUGGGUUUGAAACUUGUUAAACCCUUAAAUUUACAGGGCAAUGCUUGAUGGUCCCAUUGACAUGUGGUACACGAUGUUAAGAAGGAUGAUCACAAUUAUCGUUUAUAGUUUAUUUUAGUUUAUUAAAUUGCCUUUUUUUUUACCAUUUCACCAGGCAAAAUUUAUGUUCAGAUUUUCUUCUUCUCUCUGUGUGGGUGAAAUCCAUUCAUUUGAAUAGGAAUCCACUCUAUCGGGAAUUUCACAUGAUGGUGAUCGAUUUCCCCACAGAUUUCGCGACUGCUUCAAGCUGUGUAUUUUGAAAGUGACUCCGAAUGUGAGCACCAUUGACAGCAGACAAUGGAUGUUCACUAAUGUGAGCGCACCUUUACAACAGCACCACUACUUGAUCCGGGAGAAAUUCAGUGACUCUGCUCAUGUAGUGGAGUUUGGGUGCAUUUCAUAACCAGAUAUCAAUAUGGAGUGAAGAGUAGUUCAAAAUACUGCAUGAAACCAGUUGUUGCUUGGUAACCAUUGUGAUUUUUUCAUUCAUAAAUACUGUGUAUCUGAGUCAUCUGUGCUGUAAAUAAGACUGGAUUUGUUUAUCUGAGUGUUUGGGGGGAGGCUGCUUGUUCAUUUUAAAGAUUAAAGUUUGCUUGUUUUUUA